AGCAGGGAUGAGUCUAGUGGGCGGCUUCCCCCACCACCCGGUGGUGCACCAUGAGGGCUACCCUUUCGCUGCCGCCGCCGCUGCCGCCGCCGCCGCCGCCACCCGCUGUGGCCACGAGGAGAACCCCUACUUCCACGGCUGGCUCAUCAGCAGCCACCCAGAGAUGUCCCCCCCCGACUACAGCAUGGCUCUGUCCUACAGCCCUGAGUACGCCAACGGGGCGCCGGGCAUGGACCACUCCCAUUACGGGGGGGUGCCGCCCGGGAACGGCCCGCCCGGGCUCGGGGGGCCCCGGCCGGUGAAACGCAGGGGCACGGCGAACCGCAAGGAGCGGCGCAGGACUCAGAGCAUCAACAGCGCCUUCGCGGAGCUGAGGGAGUGCAUCCCCAACGUGCCCGCCGACACCAAGCUCUCCAAGAUCAAAACCCUCCGUCUGGCCACCAGCUACAUCGCCUACCUCAUGGACCUGCUGGCGAAGGACGACCAGAACGGGGAGGCGGAGGCUUUCAAGGCAGAGAUCAAGAAGACAGACGUGAAGGAAGAGAAGAGGAAGAAAGAGCUGAACGAAAUCUUGAAAAGCACAGUUAGCAGCAACGAUAAGAAAACCAAAGGGAGGACUGGCUGGCCGCAGCAUGUCUGGGCUUUGGAGCUCAAGCAGUGAGCACGGCAGGACUGGAGGAGCCGUCCUCUUAGUCUCGGUAGUGAGCUCUCCUCUGAGGACUCUUUGUAUUUGGAAUCAUCCAGUUUAUUUAUGUGCAAUUUCUCCCCCAACCCCCCAAAAUGUGGAUAUUUGAAGGAGAGGGAAAAAGCAUUCCAUAUAUGAAGAGGAAACUCCAGCUUGGUAAGGGGUAAUGUCUCUAAAUGUUUUGUGAAUGUUAUUUGCUCUGUAUAGAACACGUGGGAAAAACAGAACCAUAGAAAAGGAAAAAAAAAAUCCCUCCCUGGCAUUAGUGUGUAUGUGAAGUGUAUCUUUAAUACUUGGCCUUUUGGAUAUAAAUAUUCAUGGGAUUAUAAAGCUAUAUUUCAACAGAAGCAGUUGCACC